GAAGAAGAAGAAGAAGAAGCCGCCGCCGUAUGGCACCGGGAUCGUCGUCUAUGCGAUCGUCGUGGAGCCUUCCUUACAGGAGUGCGGUAUAAACUGGAUGCCUCUUCUUCUUCUUUCCCCCCCCUUUUUUUUCUACAGAAAGGCACACGUGUUACAAAAGUGCAAGGUUCGCCUACCUCAAUACUGCAAACUCACCACUGCAGACCAAUCAGAUAUGAGUUGUGAUCAACUCUAGCCACAUCUGGUUUUGUUACCUCUCCAGAGCUGCUUAUUUAUAUAUAGUUUUCUAUUUCAUCAGCUAGUUUUUUUAAAAACUCUAACAAAGAUGUCGUGCCUCUUGCUGAAAGUAAUGCGCAGGCCGGGUGGCGUCGGGGCAAGUGUCGGGGUUCGAUCCCUUGCCUCCAUGCCCUCGCUCCCCUCGGCUGUGGCCGAGUUUGUCAAGGGGGCAGUGGAGGAGUGCAAGCCCGCCAGUGUGCAUGUGGUGACGGGGACGCCGGAGGAAAGCGCCAACAUCCUGGCGGGCCUGGAGAAGGAAGGGAUGGUCAAGAAGCUUCCCAAAUAUGAGAACUGCUGGCUGGCACGCACCGACCCCAAGGACGUGGCACGAGUGGAGAGCAAGACAGUGAUUGUGACCAAGAAACAAAGGGAUACCAUCCCCAUCCCCAGCGGAGGGGCCAAAAGCCAGCUUGGCAGCUGGAUGAGUGAGGAUGACUGGCGGAGGGCGAGAGAGGAGCGAUUCCCUGGCUGCAUGGCAGGCCGUACCAUGUAUGUGAUCCCCUUCAGUAUGGGUCCUGUAGGCUCUACACUGUCCAAAUACGGUGUCCAGGUGACGGACUCGCCGUACGUGGUUGCCAGCAUGGGAAUCAUGACGCGUAUGGGCUCACCUGUGCUGCAGAAACUUGCGGAAGGGGUGGAGUUUGUCCGCUGCCAGCACUCCGUAGGAAGGCCCCAGCCACUCAAAGCUCCCCUGGUCAACUCGUGGCCCUGUAACCCAGACAAGGUGCUGAUAUCUCACCUGCCGGACACCAGACAGAUCCUGUCGUUUGGCAGCGGUUAUGGAGGAAACUCCCUCCUGGGGAAGAAAUGCUUCGCCCUGCGCAUCGCCUCCCGCAUCGCCAAGGAUGAGGGCUGGCUGGCCGAGCACAUGCUGAUCCUCGGUAUCACCAACCCUCAGGGGGUAAAGCGCUACGUAGCAGCAGCCUUCCCCAGCGCCUGUGGCAAAACUAACUUGGCCAUGAUGAAACCGGCUCUCCCAGGCUGGAAAGUUGAAUGUGUGGGCGACGACAUUGCAUGGAUGAAGUUUGACAGCCAGGGUAAACUAAGGGCCAUCAACCCAGAGAAUGGGUUCUUCGGCGUGGCCCCCGGUACCUCGGCCAAGACCAACCCCUACGCUAUGGCUACUAUCUCCAAAAACACAGUGUUUACAAAUGUUGGGGAGACCAGUGAUGGAGGGGUGUGGUGGGAGGGCCUGGACCCCCCUGCAUCCGGUGUCACCCUCACCGACUGGCAUGGCAAAACUUGGAAGUCAGGAAGUUCAACUCUGUGCGCCCAUCCCAACUCCCGCUUCUGCACCCCAGCUUCUCAAUGCCCCAUCAUCGACCCUAAGUGGGAAAGUGAGGAGGGGGUCCCUAUCGACGCCAUUAUCUUUGGUGGCAGGAGGCCAGAGGGUGUUCCUCUGGUGUAUGAGACGUUUAAUUGGCGCCAUGGGGUCUUCGUUGGAGCCGCCAUGAGGUCAGAGUCGACGGCAGCUGCUGAGCAUAAAGGCAAGGUGAUCAUGCACGACCCUUUUGCCAUGCGGCCGUUCUUCGGCUACAACUUUGGUGACUACCUCGCACACUGGCUGAGCAUGGAGAGCCGCAAAGCCCCCACGCAGCUGCCCAAGAUAUUCCAUGUCAACUGGUUCAGAAAGGACCCUGCCACAGGUUCCUUCCUCUGGCCCGGGUUUGGUGAGAACGCCCGCGUACUGGAGUGGAUCUUCAAGCGCUGCAGCCGGGAACGUGAUGACGAGGCUGCCAAGAGGAGCAUCAUUGGUUGGCUGCCAGAAGAUGGCGCUAUCGACACAAAGGGUCUGGGCAGCAAGGUGGAUAUGGGUGCCCUGUUGGACCUGCCCAAGCCCUUCUGGCAGAAGGAGACGCAGGAGUUGAGAGCAUACUUCACCCAGCAGGUCGGCGCCGAUCUGCCUCCCCAGGUGGAGGCCGAGCUUAAGGCUUUGGAGGUCAGGGUGCAGAAUUAAAACGCCCCCCAAGGGGGAAGGGGGGAGGGUGGGGGUGGUAAUGGGAGUAGAGAAGAAGUCGUUGUAGACACAAGAUUCAGCCAUUAGGGCACAGCCUUACCCAGGGGUAAUUCAACCUGAUUUUAUUGUGGGCUCUCUUUGUACAAGAUAUAGAUUGACAUAUGAAUUCAUAUUUGCUGCAAAUGGCAGCAACAAUGACUGAUUUUAACUGUGGGAUGCCCAACAUGAGAAUAUCAGGUGCUGUUUAGUCUCAAAAGUACACAGUCAAUACCAAAGAGCAGGAUUUGCAGAGCUAAUGUGACCAAACUCUUUUAUCUAUGAAAAACUUUUUCUUUUCUUUUUGUUGUUUUUCUCAUGAACCAAACUCUUGAAAAUUAUCACUACAUAAGCUGAUCUAUAGUUACCUCCGCAACAGAAUCCUUUAAGUGCAGUGAGUCUGAUUUGUUAUGCAGAUAAA